AGCUUACGAUGAUGCACUUUAAUGUUUCACUAGAACCUUUUAAUACCGUACUUCCGACUAUCCUUACGAUGAAUUUAUUCGCUAUAUGUAGAAAAUUUCAUUUUAAAGAAUUUAAAGACAAGGAAAAGAUGGAAAUGGCAAGUUCUAGCCUUUAUGGUAUAAAUAAAGAACCUGGCAAUUAG